AUGGCUGGCAACAACGUCGUACUUAUCACGGGCGCCAAUCGAGGUAUCGGCAGGCAAAUGGCAGCAUCACUCCUGCUCCGACCUGCCACCACUGUCAUAACCACUGUCCGGGACCCAGCCCACGAGCUCUCCAAGUCGCUUGCAGACCUCCCCGCCGGCGAGGGCAGCAAGAUCGUCGUCUCCGUCUUUGAUGCAAAAAAGGGACCCGACGCUCUACUUGCAGCCCUCGCCGACGCAGGAAUCCAACACCUCAACCUAGUCAUCUCCAACGCCGGCAACUCGGAUGCAUUCCGCUCCGUGCUCGAGACCGAUCCCAGCGCGCUGCGCGAUGACUUUGAGGUCAAUGCCGUUGGCCCAUUCCGCCUCUUUCAGGGGUGCUGGCCGUUGCUGUCCCAGGCCGAAACCGGGAGCGACAAGAAGUUUAUCCUCAUUACGAGCUCGGUCGGUAGCAUCGCUGGCAUGGAGGAGGAGAGCUUCCCGGGGGUCGCGUACGGUGCAAGCAAGGCGGCGGCCAACUGGCUCGCCAAGAAGAUUGGGACGGAGCUGGCGAGCGAGGGGCUGCAAGUCGGCAUAAUUCACCCUGGAUGGGUCAAGACUGGGAUGGGCCAGGCAUUGGCCGACACUGUUGGAUUUCCAGAGCCACCGAUGACGAUUGAGGACAGCAGCCGGGGAGUACUUGAACAGAUCGACAAGCUGUCCUCCGAGACCUCUGGCAAGUUUCUUGCUUUCAACGGCCAGGUGAUCCCUUGGUGA